AUGGUAAGGGGUCAGAUCUUCAAACAGCGGCGUGUGCUGAACAUUCUCUUACUUGAUGCAACAGACAUGGGCUUGCAACAUGAUGACAUUUUCAGCACACAGAUCGAAGUUAGACUGAGAAGUUUCGUGUUCGUGAAAUUUUUGAAGUUCCGCAGAGUUUGUGAAUUGAAAUGCUCGGAAGGAAAUAUUGAACUUGAACUUGAACUUUCGGCCCAAAUAGAACUUCCGGCCAGAUGGGACUUCCGGCUGAGUCAGUUUAUUCGAGAUUUGGAUGCUGGAAGAUUUGCAGCUCAGCUUCUGGAUCUGGGAAAUGGAAACGUUCAGCAAGUCUGUAAUGGAGACAUCCCUUUUCCAAAUGGCUGUGGCAUUUUGGUCAAAACCGUACAAGAGUUGAUUACCAACGUUUAUCCAAACAUUGGACAUAAUUUUCAAGAUCAUGACUGGAUUUGUGAAAGAGCCAUACUGGCACCAAAGAAGGAAAUUGUCCAGGUUGUCAGUUGGAAACUUAUGCAACCAAUUAACAGUGAGGAAAGACAUUAUUUAACAAUCGAUACCGUUGUGGACCCCUAUGAGGCUGUGAAUGAUCCUACUGAGUUCCCUAACUCUUUGGAUCCUCCUGAAAUGCCUUCUCACAGACUGACAUCGAAGAAAGAAGUUCCAAUCAUGGUUUUGGAAAAUCUGGAUCCUCCAAAGAUGUGCAACGGAACAAAACUGAUUGUCCGGCAAAUGCAUCCACAUCUUUUGGAAGCAACAAACCUCACUGGACAAGGAAAGGCAGAAGAUGUUUUUAUUCCAAGAAUUCCACUGAUUCCAGCAGAAAUAUCCUUUGAAUUCAAAAGACUUCAAUUUCCAGCGAGAGUUUGUUUUGCAAUGUUAAUUAAUAACAGUCAAGGACCAUUAGUGAAAAUUGUUGAACUUCACCUCAUGCAGCAGUGUUUUUCUCCAAAAUUCUCCAAAUUUCUGUGA